AUGCAGCGUUAUCGAACAAAAUCUUCAUCUUCUCAAAAUAGUACUAAAAAGAAAUUAAUACCGAAAAUGACUUCUGGACAAGCAAAAAUUGGAAAACUUGCUCCUGAAUUCACAACUGAUGCUGUCGUUGAUUCUGACUUUAAGACGGUUUCUUUGUCUGACUACAAGGGCAAAUAUGUUGUGCUCUUCUUCUAUCCGCUUGACUUUACUUUUGUUUGUCCGACUGAAAUAAUUGCAUUUUCUGAGAGAAGCGGUGACUUUACCAAAAUUAACGUUCAAUUAUUGGCUUGUUCUACUGACUCUAAAUUUAGCCAUUUUGAAUGGAUUAAUAAGCCACGUAAGGAGGGAGGACUUGGAGAAAUGAAAAUCCCUGUUCUUUCUGAUCGCAAUAUGAAAAUUGCUCGUGAUUAUGGAGUUCUUAAAGAGGAUGAGGGGAUUGCCUAUCGUGGAUUGUUUAUCAUUGAUCCUAAAGGGAUUCUUCGUCAAAUUACUAUUAAUGACCUUCCUGUUGGACGCUCUGUUGAUGAGACUCUUCGUCUCGUUCAAGCUUUUCAAUAUACGGACAAACAUGGAGAAGUUUGUCCAGCUAAUUGGAAGCCAGGAAGUGAUACUAUCAAACCAGAUCCUAACAAAAGUAAAGAAUAUUUUGGUAAACAAUAA